AUGUUAGCUCACAGCUUACUUCGGCCCAGCUGGUUCCAGCUCCGCGAAGUUCUGUCCAGCCCAGACCAGCUGAGCUCAGCUCGUCCCAACCAGCGCAUUCCAUCUGAGCCAAUUUCGCAUGUCAGCGCCGCUCGCACGUCAGCGCAGUCCAACGCACGACGGUGCACCAUCCCCCGAGGAGCUACAGGCGGGGGGACGCAGCUUCCUCAUUCGCCAGUUGCCCUGCGGUGGCACCGGGAGGGACAUCUUCCCAACGCCCGCGUGCUACUGGCGCUCCUGGAGGGCCUCAGGGACGACUGGAGCGGCGUCAGCGUGGUUGAGCUCGGUGCCGGCACGGGCGCCGUCUCCGUUGCCCUUGGGAAGCUGGGCGCGCGCGUGGUCGCGACCGACUACGACGUCGCCGUGCUGAAGAACCUUAGGAGGAACAUCCACCUCAACGGCGUGACUGGCCAGGUCAAGGCCAUGCGUUGGGACUGGGAGGAGGACCCGCCGGCAGACCUGCGCCUCAAGGAGGCGCAGUGUUGCGUCGGCUCGGAGCUCGCGUUCGGGGCCUCGUGGCAGCCCCUCUGCACGGCGCUGUGCGCGGUGAAGGCGGCGAGCCCGGGGGCGCAGGUGCUCCUCGUGCUCCACGAGCGGGAGGGCUCGGCCGUGCGGAAGCUCCACGAGGCGUGCGGCAAGGCGGGCCUGAAUCCGCGCAGCCAGCGCUUGGAGGUGACGUUCGACGGCAACCACCCCGUCAUAGUUGCACUUCAGCAGCAGAGCCGUGACGAAGGCAACGAGGCAGAGGGUGCGGACGAUGCUGAGGAGCCGCACAUCAGUCUCGGCGACAUCGUUCUCUUCCAGGUAUGA